AUGUAUGUGGACGACAUGUGUACAGCCAUUGUGGCCCAGAGAUGUCGUGAAACGAGCGACGGAAGAUUGAUGAAUUGCUUGAGCCUGCAUGGAGCAUGUCAUAGGUCAGCAGUUAAUCACGUGACUCUUUCACGUGACCCCUUCUUGACCCUUUCUACUUCCGGCAGGACAGCGCGAAACAAGGACGAUUUUUUAAAUGAUGAAGAUGAAAAGUUAAGAUAUCUAAUUGGGACUGUCAGAACGUUGGCGGAAAUAGAGAAAGAACGAAUCUACCAUGCAGCGUGUAUGUGCUAUUUCGGUUUGGUCCAUCUCCAGCGCAAUAAAUAUGCCACUGGGAUGGGGAUGAACCUUGCAAUUAGGAACAGGAAAACCAUCAGACGUCACAGUUAG